AUGGACUCUUUGCCUGUCUAUCACGGGGCCAUCAGCAAAGAGGCAGCGGAGCAGCUCCUCAGCGCUAAUGGAAAGGACGGCAGCUUUUUAAUACGGAACAGUGAGACGGUGUCUGGUGUUUACUGCCUUUGUGUCCUGUGCCAAGGUGUGGUGUACACUUACAGAAUACACCAGUGUGACGGAGGGUCCUGGGCCACAGAGACAGCUCCCGGGGUCCAGAAACGCCUUUUUCGGCAUGUCAAGAACUUGAUCGCUGCAUUUCAGAAACCAGACCAGGGCAUUGUUAUUCCUCUUCUCUACCCUGUCUAUGCAGAUAAAAACUCACAAUCCUGAUUUGAAUAUACAAAUUUCCUAGUGUAUUUUACCUAGCAUAUUUAUUUUUGUGGGGGUUAUAAUGUCAGUUACAACUGCGAUUGAAUAUUGUUCCGUGAGACUUAAGG